AUUAAUCUCAAUUAUACACGGUCCGCUUUUAAUAAUUCUUAAUAUAGAUUAUUUCCCUAUAGUCCCAACUUUGGGCCCCAUUUUCUUAAAACACUCCGCGACCGGUUAAAAUUAGUUAUAACCGGCUAAGUAAACACGUGCAACGCAUCCCUCUUAUCUUCUUCGUCGUCCACCGAUUAAACUCAUCCCUCUUAGCUUCUUCGUCGUCCACCGAAAUGAAAGGAGUACAGAGUCAAGAAAAUAGAACGGUGAACUCUUCUUCCUCUCCUCUUUUCAACCGUGACCCAAGAAAUCAACCAACGGGAUACGACGGCGAAAUGAGUUCGAUUUAUGGAUCAUCUUCAUGGGGUAGAAGGACCGAAAGCACUGGUUUUUCAAAUCAGUGCUACCACAGACUAUUUUGUGGACCUAGAAUGGUGAAAAACGGGCCAAAUACUAGGAGACAAUUUAAUGGGUGUGCAUUAUGGCCUAAAGAAGAUUGUCAUUAUUUUCAAUGGGUUGAUGAAGGAAAUCGUCCUUGCAAAGAAGACAACAUAAAUGAUAAGGAAAUGUUGUUGGAGCAUCUUUUUAGCAACA